CAACAGGGUGUGGCCCGCGUGGCAUAACAGGAGAUUUCAACUUCCGGCAAUAACGAGCAGCAGCUCUUUGUCGAAGCUGCUUCUUUAUGGCAGCCCUUUUGUAUGGUGCAGGAAGCCUCUGCGCGUGAAAGAGAAAAGCCGGGUGGGCUUAAGAAUGGAGGGGCCAGCAAGGCGUGGUUGCUCUAGUCGUUUCAUAGCUGAGCUCUAUGGUUACAGUGCCUCGUGAGGCCAAUUCGAAACCUGAAAUGAUCUGACUUCCUCCGGCUUUCGACGCUUUCCGUACUCGGCUUGCCAGACAUAAAGACAGAAAAAUGAUAAGACUAUAGAGAAGGAGUAGAUAGAGCGACGGGUCGUGUUCCUCCACUCGAAUGACGACUUUGGCUGUUCUGAGUGGCUCUAGUCGUUCCCUUCAUGGCGUCGCUGGGUGAAAUUGCAGCUCUGGUCUUGGUGGCCGCUCUUUGGGGAGGAACCAACCCAUUUUUGAAAACAGGAACUGAAGGGCUGGAACGAGUGAAGAAGGACAACUGGGCACUACAACUGCUGGCAGAAAUGAAAUUCCUUUGUCUCAAUUACAAGUAUGCAAUACCAUUUAUACUCAACCAGUGCGGCUCACUUGUCUUCUAUCUUGCUUUGGCUUCCACAGAACUGACCUUGGUUGUGCCUCUCUGCAAUUCUUUGGCUUUGAUCUUCACGGUGGCAACUGGGAAGAUGCUUGGAGAAGACAUUGGCAGUUCACGUAGGUCUUGCCUUUUGACCAAACAGCAUUCGUCUACAUUUUGCUAUAGGUGCUGCCCUGGGGAUGCUGCUGACUGUCUUGGGAGUUGGUCUUUGCAUAGCUGAGUCUGUGAAUGAGAAACCAUGAGGAGAAGGUGCCAGAGACACCAGUAACUAUGGCCAAGGGACAGGAAGCUCUGCAGUGGAGGAGCUUGCAGGAGUUCAUGCACAUCAGAACUUCCAAAGCCUGGUGGGAACAUAUAGAGUUACUCCUUUCCUGAUGCUUCUUAGAGCCUUUGUCUUACUUGCAUAGAGCCCUGGAGGAGCUGAGAUUUGACUGGGGUGUUCCUGUCAGUGAGGAAAUCAGGAAGACAAGGGGAGAAAGGAAUGGAAGAAAAACUCUUUGUAGUCAGGUGUGGCAUGGAACAUGUUGGUGUUCUAUUUAUUUCCUACUGCACUUGUGUAUGUUUGUGGUCAAAUUUGACAAAAGUCACCUCAAAAAGGCUGUGUUUGGGCCCGUUUUCUCCCUUUUCAAAACCACUCUGGAACUGUGGCCACCAGGCCUUCAUUUCAAUCAGAAUUAGCAACCGCAUUCUGGUUUUAUAAAUUUAUUUA